AUGGAUGAUAUUUGUAGUAUGGCGGAAAACAUAAACAGAACUCUGUUUAACAUUCUAGGUACUGAGAUUGAUGAAAUCAAUCUCAAUACUAAUAAUCUUUAUAAUUUUAUAAUGGAAAGUAAUUUGACUAAAGUAGAGCAACAUACAUUACACAAAAAUAUUUCUAACAAUAGGUUAGAAAUAUACCACCACAUUAAAAAAGAGAAGAGCCCAAAGGGAAAAUCAUCAAUAUCACCCCAAGCACGGGCAUUUUUAGAACAGGUUUUUAGAAGAAAGCAAAGCCUUAAUUCCAAGGAAAAAGAAGAAGUUGCAAAGAAAUGUGGCAUUACUCCACUUCAAGUAAGAGUUUGGUUCAUAAAUAAACGUAUGAGAUCUAAAUAA